AUGGCUAACCUCAGUCAUCUGUGGUUCUGGCUUGGGCUAAUCGCCGCCGCCGCGGCGCUGUAUACGAUACUCCUCAUUGUCUAUCGCAUCUUCUUCCACCCGCUGGCUAAUAUCAUUGCUGGCUCCGACACCACCUCGACUGCCAUGGCCGCUACUCUGUUCUACAUUACCCGUAGCCCGGCAGCUCUUCAAAAGGCCACAGAGGAGAUCCGCAGCAAGUUUAGUGAUGUGGAGGAAAUUCACCAGGGCCAGACUCUAAACUCGUGCUCCUACCUCCGCGCCUGCGUCGACGAGGCCAUGCGUCUCUCGCCCUCUGUCGGUGGUCUGCUCCCCCGGGAGGUUCUCCCGGGUGGCUUGACAAUUGAUGGAAGCUUCAUUCCCGCUGGCACCGUUGUCGGCACGCCCCACUACACCAUUCACCACAACGAGAAAUACUACUCGUCACCAUUUGCUUACGAGCCCGAGAGGUGGAUUGUUGGCGCUACAAGGGCGUCGACGGGCCGCGCCACGACCGAGGUCGAUUUGACCGCUGCGCAGAGCGCGUUCUGCCCAUUCUCCGUGGGUCCUCGCGGUUGCAUCGGCAAAGGCCUGGCCUACGUCGAAAUGAUGGUAACGCUGGCGCGCACUCUGUACUUAUAUGACCUGCGCAAGGCUGUCGGCGUGGUGGACCCUGGCGAGGGUAGCCCUGACUUUGAAUAUGGACGUCACCGUGUGUCGGAAUUCCAGCUGAGCGACACCUUCACCAGCGUUAAGGAUGGCUGCCUCGUGGAGUAUCGCAGGCGGGACUAG